UUUCCGCGGACACGCUUCCUCUUACACUGGAGCAAUUGAGGUCUGGGCAGAGGAAAAAAAAGAAUCGCUCGGAGUCUUGGACUGGGGAAAAUCCACAUGGUUUACCCCCGGCUGCGGACAUGCAGAAGGGGGGACGCGUUCUCUGUUCCACUAAUUUUAAAGGAUUCAUUUUACACGUCUUCUUUUAACUUUUGACUUUGCAGCGCCCGCAUAUAUAUGGAGACACCACAGAGUUGUUUUUUUAGACCUGAAGAUCGGAGCACUUCGCGUCUGCCUCUCAUUAGGCGGGCUGUGUAAACUCUCUAUGCAAGGCUUUUUUCCGCUAUUCGUGAAGAAAACAUGGGUUUUUGCAGUGGGCGAUGCACACUCGUCUUUCUGUGCACAUUACAGUUGCUUGCAGUGUUGGAGAGGCAGAUCUUCGAUUUUCUGGGGUACCAGUGGGCCCCCAUCCUCGCAAACUUCCUGCACAUAAUCGUCGUCAUCUUGGGCCUCUUCGGGACCAUUCAGUACCGGCCCAAGUACAUCAUCGCGUACUGCGUUUGGACCGGGCUCUGGGUCGCAUGGAACGUGUUCAUCAUCUGUUUUUACCUGGACGUAGCCGGCCUCUCCAAGGAGUCUGACAUCAUGACCUUUAACCUCUCCCUGCACCGCUCCUGGUGGCGGGAGCACGGUCCAGGCUGCGUGAGAACCGAGGUCCCGGCCCCUGACGCCCGCGAGCUCCAGGACCACGCCUACAUCUCCGUCACCGGCUGCAUGCUGGAGUUCCAGUACCUGGAGGUGCUGCACUCCUCCGCCAGUAUACUGCUGGCUCUGCUGGGCUUCGUCUUCGCCUGCUAUGUGAUCAGUGUGUUCACAGAGGAAGAGGACAGCUGUAAGUACUGACUCCGCUGCAGCCCGGCCUCUGGAGCUUCCCCGGGCGAGGCACUGCUCCAACGUCCCAGCAACGUUCCAGAAACAUCCCAGAAACGUCCCAGUAACGUUCCAGUGUCAUCCCAUCCACUGCAUUACAAUCCAUCCUCAUCCAGUGCACAUAUUCCCCUACACUGUUUGGUAUGAGGUGAGGAGGUAACAGAAGGUCAGGCACCAUUGAACAGCCCUCAGCUGUACCACUUUUUAAACAUUUGAUUCAUUAGUCCAUGUAAAAGCAUCUGUGUAUGCAGAGUGAUCCAGCCCAGGUGUUUGUGUGUGGGUUUGCGUUUCUCAGCUAGCAGUGCAGAGUUGUGGAAGUUGGGGGUUCACUCUGUGUCAGUUUGUACCCAGAGAUGAACAGCAGUCCUGGGAGCGACAGUCCUCUACAGCGGACAGCCGCUCUCCCCAUGAAAGCACACCGGUCCUGAAGCCUCUGAAAAGGCUCUUUGAUCAAUAUUGUGUCAAUCCAUUUUGCCCUGCUAAGCAUAAGUCCUGUUUAUGGUUAUAAUGUCACUGUCACAAACGCGUUUUGAGGGCUUUGCAAAUAUGACUUUUGUGAAAUCCCAGGUUGGUCAGAUGAGGGCAGACACACACACACACAAAC